CAGACUGUCAAUGUGUCAGACUGUCAGUCAUUGUUUUCUUUUUCUUGUGUGAUGGUGAUUUUCAAUAAACUACACAUUUAAAUUUGAAUCGUAAACAAAUUGUGAGGAGAUUCUCUGCGCCUUAUUUCAAUUAUGACCAUUCACAACUUGUACAUAUUUGACCGGUUUGGCAUACUACUUUAUUAUGGCGAAUGGAACAGAACAAAACAGUCUGGGAUGUCCAGAGAAGAGGAAGGAAAACUAAUGUACGGAAUGCUUUUCUCCAUAAAGUCAUUUGUCAGUAAAAUAUCCCCCCUAGACCCCAAGGAUGGUUUUCUCCACUACAAGACCUCAAAGUACACCCUGCACUGCCUCGAGACUCCGUCGGGGCUCAAGUUCAUCAUCAACACCGACAACCAAGCUCAAGGAGUGAGGGAACUGCUAAAAAAGAUCUACAGUGAAAUAUAUGUGAAGUACGCUAUCAGAAAUCCACUGUGUGCUAUUGGAGAGCCUAUCACCAGUGAAUUGUUUAAGGCCAAACUUGAUGCCUUUAUAAAACAGGCACCAAUAGCUGUUAGAGCCUCAUGUUAAAUUAAGUAGGUAUGUUAUUUUUGUAUAUAUUCUUUAAAAAUAUUGGAUAUCCUCUAUUGAAUAAGGCAAGAUUUGUGUGUGGAAUGUGUAGUAUGUGUACUAAGCUUUAGCUUAAGCUUUUUAAGAUAUUUAAUAUUCUUAUAUAAGAUUUAAUUCAGGACAUUUUGUCAGUUUGUUUCUUUCCAUAGUUUUUUUAGUAAUAGAUACCUACCUAUAAUGUAUGUUGAUUAUGUUAUUGUAACAAAUAAAUAAUUAUUUUUUA